ACUAUACACGCACACACACAUGCACGCACGAGCCUCUUGUGUGGAAGAAGUAACAAUACCGAUGCGACUGCCAAAUGGCCCAGUUGCUUCCAUGUGGUUUUGACUUUACGAUGUACUGCCGCGUGCGCGUUCAAAAUUGUUGAACCUAAUGUGCGAUGUUAAGAUCUAAGUCCGGAAAAUAUUAUUUGUUCGAAUCUAAGUGAAUAGUGCGAUAAAGCUGCAUAGUAAUUAUUAUUAUUAUUAUUCGGUUUCAAACGAAAAUGAAUUUUAAAAGAUGAAGUCGCUACUGUUGAUUUUGUUCAUCGCUCAAACUGUAAACCAAAUUAGAGUUGCAGGUAGUGUAAUAAAAAAAAAAGUCGACGAACAACCGAAAACGUAUUUUGAAAAUGCACCACAAAAUGUGUUUGCGUCCGCAGGCCAAAACGUCUUACUGCCAUGCCGGGUGAGGCAUUUAAACGAUAAAGUGGUUUUGUCGUGGAUUAGAAUGCGUGACUUACAUAUACUUACUUCAGGACCACAUUUAUUUACUAAUGAUGGCCGGUUUGGGAUUCAACAUCCUCUGAGAGAUUCAGCUAUAUGGAAUUUGCAGAUAAAAGAUGUAUCACCGAAAGAUAUGGGUUCUUAUGAAUGCCAAGUAAACACCGAGCCAAAAAUUAAGUUCCUGGUCAAUCUCACUGUUUUUGAGUCUGACGUGAUGAUCGGUGAUAUGGGAGAAACCAGUUUUAACGACGGUGAUCAACAGUCAGACGUCAUCGACCAGCAGUCGAAGACAUCCAACUACGAGCCUCUGGAAAGGCGAAUGACACCGGGUGGAUCGAUAACAUUCACCUGUAGGAUUGGUCUAGUCGAUCAGAGCCGUCAGAGCAUUCAAUGGUAUCACGGCGACAAACUCAUAUCGAUAAUGGACCGCAGGGGAAGUUUGAGUGUAGAGACGGAUAGAUCAUCGAAUUUUUUUGCCAGCCGUCUAACACUUGCUAGCGUCACUAGAGCUGACUCUGGAAAGUACACUUGCAAAUCUGGCAAUACGAAUUCUACUACUUUUACACUACAUGUUAUAUCACCAGCGAACGGAUUAGCUUUGCAAGACGGUUUGACAUCAAAAGGUUCACGUAAUUACCAAUCCGAUUAUGUUAUAUCAAUUAUCAUAUUUAAUUGGAUUGCAUGCUCAAUAUUUGUAAUUAAAUUGCUGUAAUGAUAAACAUAACAUUUGUAAUAUAAAUUUUACACAUUUUUGUAAUUGUUUUUACAUUAGUUUUCAAUAAGUACCAUAAUUUUAAUAUGAUUUUAUAUUUUUUUGGAUUAUAAACAAAGAAAUAAAAAUACCUAGGAAUAAUGUACAAUUGUAUCUAUCAAAU